UACUUAUGGAGCCUGGUCUGUCGGGCAGAAUCAGUAGAUCGGUAAUUGUUAUAGGCAUUGUGCAUAGCGUGCAUGUCCGCUUUGGUCCGUAACUUUGUUUCUGCAAGUUCAAAGCGACUAGCUAGCACGAUCUUGACCACUUGUUUGCCAGUAGUCUUCUCAGGCAGUGUGCUGGUAUCCACUUAACGUACUACACCAGAAGUACAGUUCUGACAAGAGUGAAUGUUUGCGUAGAUGACGGUGUGCAUUUUAGUACUUUGAACGCGGCGGGAUCGAGCGGGGCUUAGAAAAUGAAGCAGAUCAGCGAGCCGCAUCCACCCAGAGCAGAGUUCAUCCAUGUCGAAGAGGAAUGGCACCCAUGCGAGCGAGCAGUAUCCCUCCGUGUAGUCAACACGUGGCUUCGUUGUGGAGACGGCGGUGAUGAAGUUUAUGUCACCAACAACCAGGAAACGUGGGUUGCUGGCGAGCAGUUCUGCCAACGUCAAGGCAGCCAUCUCGUCAGCUUCCCCCAGAUCACGGCAUGCAAGUCAAGUUUACUGUCGUUGCUUGAUCUUGCAGAAGUCCAUACCAGCUACACCAGAUUGCUGGAUGGACUUCACUACCGUGAUGUGGCAAAUAACUUGCAAUUGUCGGAUAGUGUCAUUGACGUCAGAGGCCAUCCCGACAAUUGCACGUUGGCGUUUCCUAGACUUGAUUCACCGCCGGAGGACACACAGUGCAUAACCGUCUAUAGAGUCGUCUGCGGCCGCAAUAAGGCCAAUAUGGAACCAUCAACAGUGUGCGGAUCGUACAAAUUGACGUAUCACAGCAUCUCGUUCUCAGCUGACGAUGCAAACCGGACGUGUCGCCAACGGUAUGGUGGUUGGCUGUUGUCCACAAACAUGCAGCAGCUCAGCUGCGUCUCUCAGCUCCUGAAUUCGUCUCAGGGGCUGAGAGACAACAACGCCACCACCAUACCCCUCUACACCAGCGGCACGAACGGGUCAGCUGAGUGCGAGGUGUUUUCGCCAUCAAGGUCGGCAGUACUUCGAGACUCCUGCACCGCAGCCAGGCCAACCGUUUGCGUGUCUCGGUACUGCAACGGCAGCGACAACUUGGUGGCCGUACGAAAUGAAGACCGGUGUCAGUGCAGACCCGGUCAUAUCCGUACAUCCGCACACAGCUGCAGCAACAUCCUAUCUACUGUCGGACAAGACGAUUCAAACAUCACUCUGUUCCGUUGGUUUGAGUCCAAGUGGAGAGUGGAGCGUGUCUUCACGAAGCAGAUGGUCACCCAGCUGGCAAACCUCUCAUUGCCUCCAGGCAUGUUUGCCUUCCGAUCUGCUGGGUUGAUCGUCUAUACGUUCUCCACCUCCCUUCAGCCAGCGGACACUGUCGUCGCGGAGCUGGCCCGGAAUGCUUCACUUUUCUUGAGAGUGAACGCCAGCUCUGGCGGCACAGUCUUGUCGACAGUAGGACGUUCUCUGAGCAACUUUACUGUGUGGUUUCGACGGUUUAACUUCAAGUGCUACAACGCGACCAACAUCACCGUCAGCUGUAGCUUCAGCCCGUUCAAUCAGACACUUCGUUUCGAGGACGGGCUGUACGAAGUUGCCGUCUCUCCACACAGUUCUUCUGUACUUAGCGUUCCAGCUCUGUACAGAAUCCACCCAAGACCGACUAGCGCCCCCACUCUGAUGACCAGCCUGCCAUACUCUUCAACAUCAGUCGUGGUGCCUCCAUCGGGCGGAGAAUCCACACCAUCGCUGUUCAGUUCAUCGCCGAGCAGCAGCAAUGCUCCGUCACCGAAGGGCAGCAUGGUUGGCUUGUUUGCAGGCAUUGGCAGUGCUGUGGCGCUACUAGUCGGUCUCCUCAUCCUAGCAUGCGUGGUGCUAGUGAGACGUCGUCGCAAGGGUGGAGUCAACAUCCAAGCUCAGAGAACGGGUCACCUUCAGGAAUUUGGCACUGACUUUCCUUUUCACCAGCGCAUUCGGCUCCACUUUGCGUGGGGGGCAGCCAGGUACCUUCCAUAUGGACCGCCCCCCGCCGCUGACGUGGACGCCAUUGCUGAAGGAGAGCAGUGCUAUCGGGAGUUCUGUCAGAGAUGCACGUGGGACCACCGAGCAACAACCGGCCGCAUGUUGGCAUGUUUUGCGGUGCACCUGGCCCCGUCGACUCCUCUGUCGGCUAUCAAACAAUACAUCACCGAUGUCGCUCUAGCCGACGAGGAGCGCGGGCAGCCAGAUCCCAGAACCUCUGCCACGCUUUUGUCCAAAGUCCUUCAGGAGGUAGGGGGAGCCGGGAAGCCGCCGCAGCUUCCUCUGACAACCACACUGGUCAAAUUGAUCAUCGACCAGCUGUUGGUCAAGGAGGGAGUUGUGGCCGACGACAAGAUCAUGCUCCAGGCGGCAAUCUUGUUAGGCUUCUACGGUUUCCAGUCACUCGACUCCAUCUGCGAGUGCUACCCAGGAGGACAGGGCAUCAGCGCUACUGCGGAAGAUGUUACCCUCGUCAAUCAUCCAAACGGCGAGUGUGUCAUACGCUUUCAAGAAAAGAGUUGGCCGCUCGUCCGUAUUGUCUAUGUCAGCAGAGCCGAGGGGCAAUAUUGCCCAGUGUUUGCCAUGCGCACUUACUUGUCAAGGCGUAAGGCAGACACUGGGUCGCCUGGGCCUCUCUUUCGCUAUCUCUCUGGUUCACCUCUAACUGUCCACCACUUGACCAGAGAGGUACGCGAACUGUUGACGGCGGGAAACAUCAAUCCCGCAAUAGACUUCGGAGGGUACUCGUUCCGGAUCGGUGCGACCACGUCCGCCAUCGUCUCUGGCGCACCUGAUUGGCUCAUCGAUGGUCUCGGUCACUGGGAAGGUCGAAGUGUAAGGAAGUACCGAGACACCGAGCUGGAGGAUCUGCCCGACAUGUCAUCUUUCCUCUACAGGUCAGUCCUGUAGUCGGGUAGGUUCUCUAGUAACCAAUCAGGGGAAUUCCCGGAUUCCUGAGGUGACAGGAUGUGCUGCAGCAUCACCAUCACCAUCAUCAACAUUUAAAAAAAAAAAAAAAAAAAAAUCAUCAUCAUCAUCAACAUCAUCAUCAACA